ACUUGUUUGUUUACCUUUUUUCAUUAUUGCUAAAUACUAAAUCUGGUAAAGGUCCUUUACCUUGCUGAAAUGAGUAUUGAUGAGUUUUUCACAGACUUCAAACGCGAUAUUCAAGAAAUAAGAGAGUGUAGAAGAAAGACACUGCGAGCAAGAAAAAAAUAUAAAAUGAGGUUCAAUCCUCUAAACAUGCCAGACGAUACUUUCAGACAAUACUACAGAUUUACUAAGCAGAACAUGCUAAAAAUUGUUGAUUUACUGCGAAAUGAUCUAGAAGUGGAUUUGCGUGGGGGUGGAGUUCCAGUUGAACUGCAAGUGAUGGCAGUUAUUAGAUAUUGGGCUCGGCAUGGGAUCCAAGAGAACUGUGCUGACGUCCAUGGAAUAAGUCAGCAAACGUUGUCGCGCUUAGCUCAAAAAGUUUCUAUUGCAUUAUGUUGUAAAAGUUCUCAGUAUAUUAAAAUGCCAGAAAAUUCUACUGAGGAAUCAACCAUUAUGCAUCAAUUUGAGGAAAUAAGUGGCAUGAAAAACAUAACUGGUGUCUUAGAUUGUACCCAUAUAAAGAUACAAAAAAUAAGUGACAAUAAUGGUCAAUCUUUUAUUAACAGUCAGGGACAGUACUCAAUUAAUACACAAGUUAUCUGUGAUGCCACUCUCAGAAUACGAGAUAUUGUAUGUCGCUGGCGAGGAAGUACUGACGAUGCAAGGAUAUAUAAUGAAAGCUCAAUAAAGAGGCGUUUUGAAGAAAAUGAAUUUUUUGGAAAACUAAUGGGUGAUUGUGCAUAUCCCUGUUCUUUUCAUCUACUCACACCAGUUCUGAGACCUAUAACUGAAGCAGAAGAAAGAUAUAAUCAAAGUUUCUUUGAAACUCAUAAUGUUGUUCAACAAUGCAUGAAUGUUUGGAAGGAAAGAUUCCGAAUUUUACAAGAUGUCAUUAGAGGCUCAUUAAACACAGCCAAAACAACUGUAGUUGCUUGUGCAGUACUACAUAAUAUAGCAAUGCAAUUAAAUGAACCUAUUCUUGAAGAUACAGGUCUAAUGGAAAGUGAGUUUGCUAUGGUUGAAGAACCAAAUUUAUUUGUUGAUGAUGUGAAUGAGAUACACAGAAACCAGUACAUAGAGGAGUAUUUUAGUACAUAAGUAAAAAUUAUUAUCAGCAGGACUCAGUUUUCGGAUAUACAUAAUAUUUCUUAGGGCAGAAAAAGAGUUAUUUAUGACUAAAUGCAGUUUAGCAGUUAACUUAAUAUAGUUUAGUAGUUAUUUAUGUCCCAUUGGUAUCGCUAUAUUAAGUUUACACUGUAUUCAAUUCUUACACUCAAAUUUCCGCACUUCAGAUAUAAUAGACAAAUACAUUAGUGCCUAGUUAAUAUCCAAGAAUCAAAGCCAUGCCCACUUGAUUGAAAAUCACAAACUUUCACUAAUCUGCUUUCUGCAUAUUCAUUAUGUACUAUAAUUAUAGCAUUUUUUAUUUGUGGGUGUUGUCUUGUAUUAUAAUUUAUGAACUGCUGUAUGUUUUGCCAAGGUAUAAAUUAAACAAAGCCUUUCUUA